AUGGGUCCGCCGCAGAUCCUGGAUGAUCCGUUUGAUGAUCCUGAAGGGCACGGGAGCAUAGUGACAUGGAGUAAAGACAUGGAGGACCUGGAGGACCUGGAGGACCUGUUUUCUUUGUUAGCUGAGUUGAUCCCAGCCAAGUCCCCCGAGGUGGUCCAAGAUGAGGUGCUGAAAACCAUCGAGAAUGAAGAAGACGAAUCCGAGUUACAGGAGCGCAUGGCGAAGACGUUGGCAAAAAGCCAGGCCACGAGUUUGGAGCUCCUUCACGACUUGCCGGAUGCCGACAUUGCGCCACCAGACACUGACCUCUUCGUGGCCAAGCUAAAUCCUGUCACGCAGGAUGGAGACUUGGAACUGAUCUUCUCACGUUUCGGGCCGAUCAAGAGCUGCGAGAUCGUGAGGGAUUGGAAGACGGGUGACUCUUUGCAGUAUGCCUUCAUCAUCUAUGAGAAUCCUCGAGAUUGCGAGCAGGCCUACUUCAAGAUGCAUGACUGUGUCAUUGAUGACAGGCGCAUUUUCGUGAACUUCUCUCAGUCCGUGGCAAAACUGUGGAACAAGUGGCGAACAGGGAGUCGCAUGUCCAAGGAAGAUGUGAAGGGUGGUGCUGAAACGAAGGGAGGAGGGCGUGGAAAAGGAAAAGGCAAAGGAAAAGGCAAGGAUCAGGCACCUUUGCUGUCCGCGGCUGAGGGCCCCAAAGCUGGCGGGAAGAAGCCAGGAGCCUUUGAGUACGGCCAGAAGGAAGAUAGGGAAGGCCGAGACCGCCGCAAUGGUCGUGAUGGCCGCGAUGGUCGCGAUGGUCGCGAUGGUCGCGAUGGUCGCGAUGGCCGCGAUGGUCGCAGUCGCAGGGACGAGGAACGAGAUCGUGACAGGCAUAGGCAGCAAUGGGGAAGCACGGAGAUCACGCAGCCGGGACGAGCGGCGACGGCGUUGAAAAACGAGCAUGUGAAGCCGUUGGGCGCCGCUCGGGAAUUCCACAAACUGCACCUGCAGGCAGGUAUCACUGUCCGUGUCCCGCAGACCAGGCUGCCAACUGGCCGCACAGUGCCGAAGCCUCCCAAUUUGCCAGAUGUAGCGGGAAUGCCUGCAGAUGCCCGUCCCAGCAUGUUCAAGAGCCGUCCAUCUACUGCGAUUUGGCAAGGUGCCAGCCCCGAGGUGACGCAAUACCGAGUUUGGGAGGAUCCAAAUAGGCCCAAGACGGCCCCUGCAGAAGCUGAAGCUCCUGAGAGUCGUUCCAGUCACUGCAGCCAUGAUGAGGAGACCCACACAUUGGUCAACUUUCUGCGUCCUCCUUCCUUUGACUCACAGAUCCCAGGAGCCGUCCCGGAGGCAUCAGAAGUGCAAGGAAUGCUGCGACCUGAGAGGAUCUGUGGAACAGCAUUUCCGCACAACACAACCCAAGAAGCCGUGCAAUGUUUUUGUUUCAUGUCUGGACAAUGCGAAUCUCCGUGCAAAUGUUUCCAGGGCUGCGCAUCAGAUGUUGUUGUCCGACACAGGUGGACGGCGACUUUCAAAAAUGUGAAUGACGCCACCUCUUGCGGCAACCAGACGUCCAGAGCUUUGCUGACCAUACCUCGGGAGUACUUUCGGAGCAUCGAUCAUCUCUGGCAAGCCUGUUCUGCUGAAGCCGCCUAUACCAUCGUUGAGGAGGCACUGAUCAAGAGUUUCGAAGAGUUUCAGAAUUGGUCCGUGGGCCCUGUAAGACAGUGCAUCCAUGCACCAUGGCGACAGACGGCUGCCUGGCUAAGUUCAGUGGAUGCACAUCCACACCCUGUGUGGUGCUGGGAUGCUGGAUGGGAUGCCAGGUUCAACCACCGAGUCCUGGUGUGGAGAUAUGGCUACAGCCCAGCAAGCAGCCAGCCUGGCGCGGCAGAUGCUCCAAUGGGUACCGGGCCAGAACGGAGAACGGGGACGUACUUGGAGGUGUAG